AUGGCAUACACGGUCUCUAUUUUGCUCAUGUUCUCAUUCGUUAUUCUAAUGCUUAUGCUCAGGUCUAUAAAACGAUCUUCCUCGACCGUACAGAUGGAAGCCCUCCUAGAAGCAAUGCGAUUCCGAGAAGAGCUCGAUAUUCAGGAACGUCAGAGGCAUCGAUUGUUAAAAGCUAAAACGAAGACGAAAAUUUCUACAGCAGCGUAG